UCAAACCAUAAAUUCUUUACCACUUCCUCAGAUUCGGAGAUGGUCAAAUAAAAUGACACAGUACAGUCUGAUAAAGUUCUCUCUGAAAGAAAAACCCAUGCCUUGCAGAGAUCUCUUCAAGUUAUUAAACAUUGAAUUUAAGAUUGAAAAGUGGUGGUCUAUGUCUCAGACACAAGUCUCGGAAGAUUUAAAAAAACUGAUAUUCAGGUAUUUCAAGAAAAAAGCUGCCCGAAUGGAAGAGAAAAGUAAAGUGUUCAUAAAAAUACUGCCUACAGCCAAAGCAGUAGCACGAGCAUCUGAGGAUCUGGAAAGAGGUGAUCCAAUUAUCAAUGAAGACAUUGGGAAGAGAAUUCUCUUCUGGCACAUUGUUACAGAAGUUUGGUACAACUUAGACGGAGGCAAUUCGGAGACUAAGCAGGAAUUUGUUCCCAUUAAGGUUCAUUGUAAAUUAAUCAAACAAAUCUCAAGAUAUAUGCUGUAUCUACUGGUUGUGCAUCCUGCAAUGGUAUCAAUUGGAUUGGCUCAGACUAGCUUUCAGGACAUAAGUGCUGUUGUUAGGGAUAUAGCUUCACCGGCAAGAGGAAAAAGCGAUAAACGAGGCCGGAAGAGGAAUAUUGAUAAAACCGCAGCAUCCAAAAGAUUGGCCGACUCGUGUUUUUUGGGAUUGGAAGGAGUCUUAGGGGAGGCAUUGGAGCAUAUUCAGAAGAUGACACAUGAAGAAAAGGAUUUGGCGGAGAAAUGGAACAAAAUUGGUUGCAUUUGGCUGGAAAUACUUGCUUCUGCAGCAAGUAAGUGUAAAGGGAGAGAGCAUGGGCAACAGCUUAGAAGUGGUGGAGAGUUUCUAACUCAUGCAUGGCUUCUCAUGGCACAUUUUGGCUUAACCGAUCACUUUCUACAGCCAAAUAAACAAGAAAUAGUGAGGCUCAUUGCCAAAUAAUUAAUCAACCAAGUGCCCUCAAAAAUAUUUCUUUGUUGUUUUUACCUCAUCGAUCACCAGAGACCUUUCUGUAAUCAUCCAAAUAAAUUUAAUUACUUCAGUUGUUGUAUUAAUAAUUUAUAAUUGAUUCUAUGUGUUCACAUCUAUAUCACCAUUUGGAUAAGGUGAAUUGAUCGGCUACUAUAAAAAUAAAAAUAAAAACAUAUUAUUUC